AUGGCCAUGUGCCUUGCCCAAGCGAAGGACGGCCCUGGCGCACCCGGCGCCCUGCAAAAACACCCGACGGUCCUAAAGCACCCGAAAGCACCCGACGGCCUGACGGACGGCCUGCAAAAGCACCCGACGCCUACCAAGUACCCGACGGCCUGCAAAAGCACCCGACGCCUACCAAAAGCACCCGACGCACCCGACGGCCUGCAAAAACACCCGACGGCCUACCAAAGCACCCGACGGCCUACCAAAGCACCCGACGGCCUGCAAAAACACCCGACGGCCUACCAAAGCACCCGACGGCCUACCAAAGCACCCGACGCCCUGCAAAAACACCCGACAGCCUACCAAAGCACCCGACGGCCUGCAAAAACACCCGACGGCCUACCAAAGCACCCGACGACCUGCAAAAGCAUCCGACGACCUGCAAAAGCACCCGACGCCCUGCAAAUGCGUCUGACGGCCUACAAAAGCACCCGACAUAAUAAAGCACCCGACGGCCUAAUAAUGCACCCGACGGCCUGCAAAAGCACCCGACGACCCUACAAAGCACCCGACGCCCUGCAAAAGCACCCGACGGCCUACCAAAGCACCCGACGCCUGCAAAACACCCGACAGCCUACCAAAGCACCCGACGGCCUGCAAAAACACCCGACGGCCUACCAAAGCACCCGACGACCUGCAAAAGCAUCCGACGCCCUGCAAAAGCACCCGACGCCCUGCAAAUGCGUCUGA